GAUAACCCUGAACAUCAGCAGUAAUGUUUCCUCUCCUCUUGCGGUCACUGCAAGCACAUCAAUAUGCUGCCAAGCUGUUCGUUAAUGGUGCAAUUUGUCGCAAUGCCAAAUGCCCUCUAUACUUAUCAGCCAGCUUGAGACAUGAAGUUGAAAAGGGCGACAGAACAUGUAAUAAAUCUGAAACCAACAAUCCUAUCAAAGCAAAGACACCAAUUGGCAAGUUGGACGAACUGGAUGAGGGCCGCCACCCGUUCCAGGAGAAAGAGCCGCUGGCGGCAUUUCCGGACGGCGUGAACCCGCGCACCGGCGAGGUGGGCGGCCCGCGCGGCCCCGAGCCCACGCGCUACGGCGACUGGGAGCGCAAGGGUCGCGUCACAGACUUCUAGUCGGCCACGUCGCGCUCGACGGCAGGGAACGUGCGUGCUCGGCGCGAGUUGGCUCCGUUGCCCGUUCAACGUGCUCUUGUAGUGACGUAGUUUUUGUUGAUGAUUAGCACAACAUGACAGAUGAGUGUAAGCAGCGACAUCUGGGCGUGCUGACAACGUUGAAAUGUGCAUAGUGUUGUCACCAGUCAGACAUGAGGUUGGAUUAUUGGUCAGCGUUUCUUUGUUUUUUAUAUUUCACUUAGUGAUCCAAAACUCAUCCAGAAGGGUGUGCAGGAUGUGAAGAUGAAGUCAUGCCAUAAGAAUCCUGACUUUCUGGCGGCUCCCCGCACGCAAUUCGUUGUCUUUUAUCCGUUGCCCUUUGACCCCGAGCCCAGACAUCUGACCUGCCCGGCCCAUUUGUCGAGCCUGAGGCGCUUAGGUACUGGGUUGACAGGUGCCCGGUUUGAUGCUGAUGGGUUGAUUUUGAGCAAGGGGAAGAGCAACAGACAGUGAGCCUCAAGGCGGGAUGUAUAACGUGAAACAAUAUCGACGUUCCUGCCACCCAUUUGGCUGAAUAUUGGAACUCUGCUUCCACUCCCUCUCUCUCUCCUCUUCCUUCCUUUCCCUCCCCCUUUCCACCCCUCUUUCUUUCCCGCUCUCCCUAAUGUGACCAGUGCAAUAACCCAACGGCUGCAUGUCCUGUAGCAUUACUCGACGGAAAGCUUGUAUCGUAUUUAUAUUGCCGGGGUAGUUCAGCCCGUGCCUUCCACACAGUUCCUUUCCGUUUGUAAGUUGAAACACGUUCGAAUCAUGGUGCGUAUUGUAUGUGAAGUAUAUGCACGUAUCUGGAGCCGUGGUCCCGUCAUAGCUCCGUAUAAAUAAAUCAUGGCGCUGUUUGUAUA